CUUUAACCACUUUUUAGAAUGUAAAUUCAUAUUAUACGAUAAAUUAAUUCCUAAAUAAUUGAUUUAUCUUAUAAUUUGACUUAUAAUAUUUUAGAAAUUAAAAAAAUUGUAUCUAGAUAUAAUUUAAAAAAAAAUAAUAAUUAGAAACGCGGUAUAAAAUAAAAAAAGAUAACUUAUAAAUGAAUCAAUCAUCUUGCUACAUAACAUGAAAACAAGCCUUGGUUAUUAUAAUUUAUACUAGUAUAAGAAUUACUAUUGUGAGGAUUAAAUCAUAAUUAUUGUUUAACAUAUAUAUUGUUAUAAUAUUUAUUAUAUUGUUUUAUAAUAUUAAAAUGCCUGCAACAACUUUACACAAAUUUACGACAUUCAUAGGAUUGAUAUCAAUAUUACAUACAGCAUAUUCAGCUGCUCAACAUCGUUCAUAUUUACGAAUAACAGAACAAGAAUUCAUUACUUUACCAAUUGAUAUUUUAAUACAAGGCAUUAUCAGUUUAUUUUUGGUUAUGUAUGGAGUUAUGUAUAUUGCUGGUGAUUUCAAAGAAAUUCGAGCAGUUGUAGAUUUAGAAAACAAAUCUUGGGAAACAUUAAGAAAUCUUCCUUCAUUUCAAAUAUUUAAUCAUCGUGGUAGAUCUUUAUCGCCUCAAUAUACACAAUAAAAUAUUUUUAUUAUUUAUUCGUAAAAUGGACAUAUAAUUAAUGUAAUUAUUUAAAAACAAAUACAUAUACAAAUAGCGCAUAGAAUUUUGUAAUUUAAUUUA